ACGCUGACUUAGCUAGUCACAGCUAGCGGAGCUUAGCAGAGCUAGCUUAGCUAAUGUCAGGCGUCAAAAGGCGACGUUGGCAGCUCAGAGUGAACUAACUGUGAGCUAAGCGACAUAACCGAACCAGAAUAAACCGCCCUGUGAUAAGGACCUUUUAUCUGCCGGGAAACACCCGGGGUUUGGGUGCUUCACCCCUUGUCCCCUAGCCACAUGAGCCCAAUGUCCGCUAGCCUGACACAUGGCUGUAUAGAGAGCUCCACGACUGUAUCUUUCUGCGUCCUGAUAACUUUAGUUGUUCCACUGGCCUUUUUAUUUUGGAGGAACCAGUAAGGACUUCCGGUCUCGACAGGCUGAUCGGUUUGUGGUUGAGCAUCACAGCAGCGCCACGGAGGAGGGAAGAUGAUAAUCCGGCGCGUCCUGACUCACGGAACGUUGUGGCGAGUGGCGGCGGUGCGCCCGCUGGUUGCUGCCGCCCCUGAGCGUGCUGCAAUGUUACGGUGCUGUCUGCUCCACCCGUCGCCUCCGCCGCUGCAGCCUGUUGGUCUGCGAUGGCUCUCAGCAUCUGCCUGCAGCAAAGCAGCUCAUCAACCAAAGCACCACCCCUCCCAGGAAGGUCCAGAGUCCAGCUCCACACCUCCAUCACAGGAAGGAGACCCUGAGCCUGUGGAGGUGGACCCGCUGCAGGACAAGUCCAUCGGUCUUUACCAGAGGUUCAAGAAGACCUUCAAACAGUACGGGAAGGUGUUGAUCCCGGUGCACCUGGCGACGUCCUCCGUCUGGUUUGGUACCUUCUACUAUGCUGCUAUGAAAGGUGUGAAUGUGGUGCCGUUCCUGGAGAUGAUUGGUCUACCAGAGUCAGUAGUUGGCCUUUUGAGAAACUCGUCGAGUGGAUAUGCUCUGACUGCAUACGCCAUGUACAAGAUUGCUACUCCAGCCCGGUACGCCGUGACUCUUGGGGGGACGUCACUGUCUGUCCAGUACCUGCGUAAGCACGGCUAUCUGUCCACACCGCCGCCAGUCAAAGAGUACUUCCAGGACAAAAUGGAGGAGACGAAGGAGAAACUGACCGAAAAGAUGGAGGAGACGAGGGACAGGUUCACAGAGAAGAUGGAGGAGACAAAAGAGCGCAUCUCUGAGAAAAUGGAAGAGACGAAGGACAAGCUCUCUGGGAAACUGCAGGAAACCAAAGACAGAGUCUCUGAGGGAAAAGCUUUUUUUAGGAAAAAAGAAUGAUUGGCAGCUUCCAGGUUACAGCCUGGUUCUGUUUGGGUCCGGCCAUGGAGGGGGGAGUGAGACGUUGCUCUGUCCCUGUCUUGUCCGUUUACACCUGGUGUCUUUUUAAUAACUGAUCCCGGAUUCUUUGAUCUCUCCCACAAUGCACUGCACACGUAGACCAGGCAGCAGCUUGUCAGACCGCGGGUGUCACCACGGCGCCGACUGAACCGUUGUUGGAGAUGCGCUGAUUCUGCUCGCUGCAGAGCGACGCCGGCCGCAGGCACAUCGGCACUCAUCCUUGUUAUCCACGCCGUCGUCCAUUAAAGCCCGUCUGAAGGCUGGAGCUUUCACUUGUGUCCUUUAUCGUGUCAUCCCGCAAAACCACGUUUCCCUGGUAACCAAAGCAGAUCCACCACUGGGGGAAAUCAGAGGAUCAGCACGGGAUGGUUUGUUUACACACAGUCUGAUCAGCCACUGUAUCCACCGUGUCAGAAACAUGUCCCCGAGUCACACACGGGUCGGGUUGGGUCUGCAAUCACAUGACCAAGGGGUCACACUCUGGACACCUCUGCCCUUGUAGCGAUGGGAGCCAGGGUUCUGUUCUGUUGUUUAUGUGAAGUUCAUGAGAACGUGAUAAAUGUUAACCUGGGUUCUGCUGGGCCGUGUGUGAGCAGCAGCUGUAAACACACCGUAGGAACUUUAGGAUGUGUGGUUUUACUUUGGUAGUCAGAACUUCCCACUAAUCUGAGUAAAACACUGAAUAAAAACUGAUCGUA